CUCCAUUCCAGUUGGUGGCGGUAAUGCACCAUAAUGUUGAUUGCCAACCGCCAUAAAACUUUAUGAAGAAGAGGAGGAUGACGGACUGAUGUGGGCGGGGUGGAAGCUUCCUGUUUGGGAGGAAAACGACCAGCGUAUUGACCUACCAUUAGUGUAGUGAGGAGCCAUGCCUUUCCUCCAUGGGUUUCGAAGGAUCAUUUAUGAGUACCAGCCGCUGGUAGAUGCUGUAAUGUGUGUUGUUGGCCUGAAGGAAGGAGAUGGUAGUCACGAGGACAGAGUCGGAAGCUCUGAAGAUGAGUCUGGUCUUUGUAGCUCUCUAGUGGAGCUUCUGGAGCGGGAGUCUCAGUCAGACGUGUUUGUGGAAGGCAUCAGCUAUGCUCUGUUUAAGGUGGCAGAGCGGGGACUGGUGUCCGCAGGUGAAAUCCUGCUACGCUAUGGAGCUGAUGUAAACUUUGAAGACCCAGUGUCUUACUACAAUCCUCUACAUAUAGCAGUUUUGAGGAACAGGCCAAACAUGGUGAGGCUGCUGGUCGGGCACGGAGCAGACAUUGAAAGGAGAGACAGGAUCCAUGAGAGCAGUCCUUUGGAUCUUGCCAGUGAGGAGUCGGAGAGGCUCCCCUGCCUGGUCACCCUGCUGGAACUGGGUGCUGAUGCUAAUGCAAGGGAUAAACAUGGAAAAACACCUUUGCUCCAUGCCUUGGCAAGCAGUGAUGGACUCACUGUGCACAACACAGAGAACAUCCAGCUUCUACUCCAGAGAGGUGCUGACGUUAAUGCUGCUACUGUAGACGGCGAAACAGUUGAAUCCUCGUUGGUGUUUCUGGUGAAGGAGGCUCUGGAGGCCAAUGUGGAGGACGCUGCUGAGAUCGGUAACUUCUGCUUGAAGACCACAGAGCUACUGCUGGCUCACGGUGUGGACCCCAGCUGCUGCCUGAAUGAGGAUGGCGAGCCCUCCCUGACACAGACGAGCCUGGAGCAGUUUGACUUGCUCUUCCCUCUGGCUGUGCUCUUAAUCCAGAGCGGAGCCUCUUUGGUUUGCUCCUGUCACGGUGACUCCUGUUGGUCAGGUUACAGCCUUGUUUUCCAGCGGCUCCAAACAGCCCUACAGCAGUGCUCUGAUCAAAGUCACGCCUCUGAGCUCCUGGAGCAAGCAGAGGUGUUGCUCGAAUUAGCGAGGGUAGACGUCCCCGCGUUGCAUCUUCCUCUCAGGCUGGAGCUCCCUGUGCCCAGUCAGGACCCUCACCCCUAUGCUCAGGCUCUGGUAGACCUGCACAACCGCAUAGUAGAGCAUGAAGCAAGCCCUCCUGCUCUGCGAUGUCUUUGUAGAUCAUUCAUAAGGAGCCACCUGCAGCCUUGGCCCCUGGAAGACAGAGUCAAAGCUUUGCCAUUACCAGACAGACUGAAAGACUUUCUUCUUCCUGAGCACACAUAUACGCCAAAGCCUGGUUGGGACUGCUUCAAGCCCCAACAUCACCAGCGCUGAUGCUAAGCUAUUUCUAAACUGAAAGACUGAACAGGCCUAUAAUAAUUUGUAUAAAAUGUUUGUCCAUAAAUGAAACUAAACCUCACAAACCAUUAAGGCCUUUGUUGAAUUCUUAUUGUGUGUUUUCUGUGCCAAAUUUACUGACAAAUGUGUGUAUGUUUACUUUAAGAUACAAAGUUAUGUCUGUGCAAAUUAGCCUUUAACUUGUAGUUUGUAGUUGUAGUUUUCACUGUUAUGAUUAAACUGCUGUACAGUUAAGUGAACUAUAUUAAUGUAUACAGGAUGUUGCAAGACAAAAUAAAUGCCACCAGAUGGCAGUGUUGCUCUUGCAGCUCAAAAGCAGCUCAGAUGUCAGGGUCAGAUAUUUAGUUAUUCACAGUGCAGCCUAUUAAAGUUGUUCCAGCGCAGUAGGCUCCAUCUAUCUUUAAUCCCCUCAACAUGAUGGCGGUGUAUUGUGGAAUUUGUGUAUCUUCUCGCUUAGCAUGAAGAUGGACCAAUAAAACAGACGUGUCUCAA